CUUGAGCGAUCGCUUCCCUCUUGUUAGGUUUUUGUUCUGUUUUUUCAGCUCGGGCUCUUCACUGUGACCACAAAGGAACUUGCCUAGCUACCUGUCUGCUCACACAAAAGCCCACAAACCAGUGAGCAGCAGGUUAGUAACCUUUCGCAUGGUGUAAUUAGAGGAUUUGUAUAAUAUCAUUGUGGCACUGCUCGCUCAGUGUUGUGGAUGUGGCUCCUCUGAAGACACACGUUGUGGAUCUAUGCUCAUUGCUUUGGUCAGACCAGAAGCUUCUGGACGCAGUUUCUCUCAGCUGGAGGAAUGGACUGGUUGUGCAAGGGGACCUUUCUGCCCUUUCUGCUGGUGUUCACAGUGGGAGUGAUUGUUAAAAGCGCAACCCAGGACACAGAUCAACCUCUGAUACCAGCGACAGUUGAAGCGUGUUCCGGCUCGUCGGCAAUCAUCAACUGCACAUUCCAGAUAAAUGCUUCAUAUUCCAUAGUGAACUGGUAUUUCAGUGAAACACCUGACCAUUCCAGUGAAUCCAAGAAGAUAGAAAUCCAUGAUGAACGAUAUCACCAAGAAAAAAGAGAGACGUGGUCAAGCCUGACCAUUAAAGAGGUUCUAUCUAAUGGCAGUGGAUGGUAUUUUUGCCAGGUUAUACAGCACAUUCCUCAACUUAGGCAGUACCACAGUAAUGGAUCUCAUUUAAUCAUCAUCAAUUCAACCACAGGCAUUGUUCAAGAGCCUAACACAACAACAGCAGCAUCUACAAUGUGUGCAGUGACAACCCCUAGACCUUCAAGCUUUGAGUCCUCGGCUUGGUGGUUGUGGACAGCCUUGACGAUGGUGUGUGUUGUGCUGGUAAUCGUCAUAGUGACCAUAUGGAACAUAUUCUGCAGAAGAAGAGAGAGCCCUGUUUAUGAGAACACACAGGCAUAUCAGAAGGAUCGUUCUCCUUGUCGAAGCAAGUCAGUGGAAAAAGACAACCUGACGAAGCAAAGAGACCCUCAGAGAUCACAUUACACAAGUCGUCCCAAAGGCCGUCAACUGAACUCAUAAAUGUAAAUACAAACGUAUGUGGACUCUCUUCUCUCAUCCUUCUUCAUCACUAUUAUCUGCAACUUUCUGCCGCUGGAUGACUGAAAGCAGAUCAACAGAAGCUUCAUUCAAGGUCGUAUGGCAUGAAAGAUGUCUGUCAAAAAGAAGAAGUAAAGAAGAUUUAUUUUCUUAAAAAUAAUUUAAAAUAAAGCACAUGCAAAUGAAUAGAUGCGAUGAAUAAUAAAUGAAAUCAACACAAAUCAGUAUAUUCACACAGUGAUGCAUUAAUGAAUGUAGAAACAGAUGAUUCAGAAAGCUAAAAAAUAUUCUAUAUAAAUAUUAACAAGG